AUGUUACUUUAUCUAAUUUUCAAAUCUCCUUCGCCAACAUUACGUGAAAUGCGAAUGUAUUUAUUGAAUACGUUGUUUUUACAAAUUCUAGCAACGUGUACAGCAUCAGCAGCCCAAUGCAGGUAAUUUUAUUGACUAGAAAAACAUAUUGUAUCAAGUCAUUUUGUACAGAAUCGUUCCAAAUAAGAAUUCUGUAAGUUUUCUAUGCUCUGGACCUUGUAUGUACAUCAAUGAUAAAGUAUGCUUCCACGUUUUCAAUGUUUACCAAGCUUCAAGUAUUGGAUGUGCAACUUCUCUCAUCUUGGCAUUUUAUUAUCGAUAUAGAAUUUUGAUUAACAUUCACAAAUUGAAAUCAACAAAAAUUUUACACUUCAUAAUUUGCUAUGGUGUCCCAAUCUCUUACAUGCUUAUCCAACAAUUUACACCAUCGGAUUCGGAAAAAGUGAACUUGGAAAUCAGAAAACUGCAUCCUGAUUACAAUUUUGAUAAUUAUACCAUAAUUGGUUUCUCUGAUGUUUAUACAUUUCCCUCAAUUAUAAUCACAGGUUUCAUGCUGUUUGGAGUUUAUAUCACACCGAUGAUCGCAUUUUUCUAUCGACGCAAAAUUCUGAGAAUCUUGAGUUCUGCAGAUGCAAGAGUAGUGAGAAUUGAGCAAUCCAAAAGUAUAAUUCUCGUUAGUUUUUUUUUUAAAUCAACGAUCAACCUUAUAGUUUUCAUUUUCAGGGUCUAACAAUUCAAACGGUUUUACCAGCAAUUUGUUAUAUUCCAGUAAUGUCAUUCUACACAUAUGUUACCUACUUCAAUGGUAGUAGUAUUUUCCUUGAAUAUAUUUUGAGCCCACUUGGACUUAUUUACACAAUGGCUGAUCCAAUUCUAACAAUGUAUUUUGUUCUUCCCUAUCGAAGAACAGUUAUUCGAUUAUUGAUGAGUAAAUCGAAACCAUCUGUAACCUUCCAAUCUGAGAUGUCAACAAAUGUUCCCGUGUUCACAAGAAGAUAUAAUUGA